CGCCGCCCGCCCCUCGGCCCGUCACGGGCCGGCCUCACACCUGCCCCCAGCGGCGCCGGGGCGGGCCGGGGCGGGAAGAGAAACCGCCCCCGUUGCUUCCGGCGCCUGACUCAACCCUCGCUGCUAUAAAUACGAGAUGUGCAGCGAAGGCCGGCACUCCGAGCUGCCGAGCCAGCCCCGCCAGCCCAGCCCCGCCAUGCCGCUGCUGCCCCUGGCCCUGCUGGCCGCGCUCCUGGCCGCCGGCCGCGCCGCCAACCCUUGCUGCUCGAACCCCUGCCAGAACAGAGGCGUCUGCAUGACCGCUGGGCCGGAUCGCUACGAGUGCGACUGCACCAGGACGGGCUACUACGGGCAGAACUGCACCACACCGGAAUUCUUCACGUGGCUGAGGCUAGCACUGAAACCGUCGCCAAACACUGUCCACUACAUCCUCACCCACUUCCAAGGAGCCUGGAAUAUCGUCAACAACAUUCCCUUCUUACGGGAUGCUAUUAUGAGAUAUGUGCUAACGUCAAGAUCACACUUGAUUGACAGCCCACCAACUUACAAUAGUGACUACAGUUACAAAAGCUGGGAAGCUUAUUCCAAUCUUUCCUACUACACGAGAAGCCUUCCACCAGUAGGACUUGACUGCCCAACACCAAUGGGUGUUAAAGGUAAAAAAGAGCUCCCGGAUUCAAAGCUGAUCGUGGAGAAGUUUUUGCUGAGGAGAAAGUUUAUUCCCGACCCGCAGGGCACCAACGUGAUGUUCACCUUCUUUGCCCAGCACUUCACCCACCAGUUCUUCAAGACAGACCACAAGCGGGGCCCUGCCUUCACCAGAGCGCUCGGACACGGGGUUGACUUGAACCACAUUUAUGGAGAGACUCUGGAGAGACAACUUAAACUGAGGCUUCGAAAGGAUGGAAAGUUAAAAUACCAGAUGAUCGAUGGAGAGAUGUACCCGCCCACGGUGCGGGACACGCAGGCCGAGAUGCUGUACCCGCCCCACGUGCCCGAGCACCUGCAGUUCUCCGUGGGGCAGGAGGUGUUCGGGCUGGUGCCCGGGCUCAUGAUGUACGCCACGAUCUGGCUGCGCGAGCACAACCGCGUCUGCGACGUGCUCAAGCGCCAGCACCCCGACUGGGACGACGAGCAGCUCUUCCAGACUGCCCGGCUCAUACUGAUAGGAGAGACAAUCAAGAUUGUCAUAGAGGACUACGUGCAGCACCUGAGCGGGUACCACUUCAAGCUGAAGUUUGACCCUGAGCUGCUGUUCAACCAGAGGUUCCAGUACCAGAACCGCAUCGCAGCCGAGUUCAACACCCUGUACCACUGGCACCCGCUGCUGCCCGACACCUUCCACAUCCACGACCAGGAGUACACCUUCCAGCAGUUCCUCUACAACAACUCCAUCAUGCUGGAGCACGGACUCUCCCAUAUGGUCAAAUCUUUCUCCAAGCAAAGCGCUGGCAGGGUUGCUGGUGGGAAGAACGUUCCUGCUGCAGUACAGAAAGUGGCAAAGGCCUCCAUUGACCAAAGCAGGCAGAUGAGGUACCAGUCCUUGAACGAGUACAGGAAACGCUUCAUGCUGAAACCCUUCCGAUCCUUCGAAGAGCUUACAGGAGAAAAAGAGAUGGCAGCGGAGCUGGAGGAGCUGUACGGGGACAUCGAUGCCAUGGAGCUGUACCCAGGGCUGCUGGUGGAGAAGCCCCGGCCCGGGGCCAUCUUUGGCGAGACCAUGGUGGAGAUGGGGGCACCGUUCUCCCUGAAGGGGCUGAUGGGCAACGCCAUCUGCUCCCCCGAGUACUGGAAGCCCAGCACCUUCGGGGGCAAGGUGGGCUUCGACAUCGUCAACACGGCCUCCCUGCAGAAGCUCAUCUGCAACAACGUGAAGGGCUGUCCCUUCACUGCCUUCCACAUCCUGCCUCCCGAGCCCACCGAGGCCACCAUUAACGUUAGUACCUCAAAAACUGCCAUGGAAGAUAUCAACCCCACGCUCCUGCUGAAAGAGCGCUCUGCUGAGCUAUAGAAAUCCAGCUAUCUGUCUAUUUAUUUAUUUAACUGUGUUAUUUAUUCUAUUUAUGGCUUAGUAUUUAAAAAAAAACAACUUGAGCAUCUUCAUUGUGGGGGUUGCCUAAAAUUCCUUACUGAGGUAAGGCAUCCAUUUACAAAAGGGAUUUCUGUGUUUCAGCUUAACACUGGUGAAUCCCUUAUUGAGAAUCUUCUGUAACAGAACGAUGUAUUCCAAAAUGGAUAAAGCUUCCACCUUCUUUUUACUAUUGUUUUAAUACUUGAUGAAGGGGAGUGGUGGUGAUUCUGUCUGGCAGUUUUCAUAGGUCACGUAACACUACAAAAGCAACUUUUUUUUCCUCAGCAACUUGAAAGCAGCUAUUGACCUAAAAGUACAAGAAAAAGUCUGACUUAAUGAAAACUGCCAGAAGAGAUUAUGGCUUUCAUAUAAGCACUCAAAAAUUAACAAAAAAAAAUACUUGAGACUCAUUUCUUUAUGUAAGGUCAGAAAAUGCAUUGCAUUUGUUGUUGAUACUACCUCUCCCUCACUGCAGAUAGGGCACUUUGUAUCAUAACUUCAUGUCUCUUAUGUGCAAAUGCACUUCUGGAUUUAGAUGAAAGUAAAUUUUUUUACAACUUUUUUUUAGAAAUAUGUUUUUCAUGUUUUAAAUGUUUAAAGUAAUCUUUUAACAGCCUUUAAAAAAUGCUUUUAAUGUUUUAAAUAUUUAAAGAAAAUAGUGCUUUUGCUGGAUUCUACUUCUUUUUGAAGGAAGUGUGACAGAUGUAUUAGUUGUGUAAGGGGUAAGAAUGAGAUACUGAGCUUAGCAGUAACUGACUCUCAGGCUGCAGUACAAGGCUGCUUGCACUUGGAUAGGGAUGUUUUUAUUAUGUAACUCUGGGGAGGUCUUAAACUUAGCCCAAGGCACUGGGAUUCUUUUCAUAGCUGUAGUUCUCUGGUCUACUUGAUAAUGUAAUUUUAAUGUCUGUUAACUCUAAGGACAGAAGGACAGUAUCGCUGGAGUUAGGGUGGGUCGUGGCUUUGUGCUCCCUAAAAUAGGGGGGCUGUAAACUGAGCAGCUCUGUAAAUACACAGAGAGCUGAACACAAGAGAUUCAGCAGCACUUCCAGGAGGUAGCUCUGCCUGUGUGCACAAGCUGUACAUGUAGUUUGUACUUCUA